CUCCACUCUCAUAUAACUGGCUGCAGUAUCGAUGAAGCGAAGAAACCUUGUCAACACGCAAGAUUAGAGCGAGGCUCAGAAAAGCACAAAGAAAUGUGUUCCGAACUCGAGUGCGGUAUUUGCUACAGGGUGUACAACACGGGUCGCCGGUGCCCACGGGAACUCAUCUGUCUGCACACUUUCUGCGAGAGGUGUCUGGUGACUCUGUCCUCGACUUCGUUCCGAGACGAUGGAGGACUCGCAAAACCCGGGGACAUUGCGAUUGUCUGCCCAUUGUGCCGCUACUCGUCCACCGUCACGGGUGCAGAGGGGGUGCGGAAGGCAUUCCGGGUAGACGAAAGUGUCCUGGAACGUAUGUUAGCCGCCGGGGUUCUCGAUGACAGUUCAGCUGAGGAUAGCGAGAGCGAGGACGGGGACACCGAGGAGGGCGAGGAAAACGCCGAGGGCGCUCACCCGAUCGCAGAAGAAAGUGCCGUUCCGCGGUCGCGGAAAAGCAAGCUGUGGCGAUCCGUGAAGCGGUUCUGCGGGAAAAUCGCCGCGAAUAGCGGCCACACUCCGUCGCGUGGAAGCCGCUGCAUGACAAACGCGGACAUGAGAGAUCUCGCUUUGAUGUCCUGCUACAUGAUAUAAGAUCCAAAUGCACAUCUGAUGCCUGUUGCAUGGGAAGGAACUUUCACAUGUGGAAAUCUGUCGGAGAUCGACUCGCGUGACGCACUGCGCCACUGGCGCAACAGUAUGGACAGACGCAGAAAUCGCUUUUAGACAGUAUUAGCGCUCUUCCACUCAUCUAUUCGACGAGAGUAUUUCUGUAAUUAAUUCUUAAUUCUGAAGAAGCAGUCUGUAAUAGUUUUAUAUUUAAGGUGCACUUCUAAAGAAUAUUGAACUUUAUAUAUAUUUUUGUUAUGUUAUUUACUUUAUUUUGUAUAUAUAAUGUUAAGUUAAAGAAUUACGAAUGUUGUGUUAUAUUUUUGAUUGUAUGUUGCAGCAUCUUGCAUGUAUUGCAUUUGUUUGAAGUAUAACUUAUUUUUCAAUGAUAAGCAGGCAAUUUUUAAGCUGAUUUUUUGUAAUAAACAAACGUGCUUUGA